GACCCCUAGCCUGGGAGCCUCCAUAUGCUGCAGGUGUGGCCCAAAAAAGCGAAAACCAAACAAACAAACAAAAAAGAAUAGGAGUGGGGUAUAAGGAGCAAAUAGGAACAGUUCAGUUGUUUGAGUUUGAAGCCAUCCAUACUAUCUAUAGACUGUGAGGAAACCUUGUGGACAGAAAUUGUAGGUGAUUUAUCAUACUUUUUACAAGGGAGUGUGGCUGCAAAUUUAUGAGACUAAAAGCCAGCAGCAUCCCUAUGCCUCAUACAAGAGUCAGCCUAUCUAGCUCUGUUUCCAGUGAUUUUGAGGACAGGGCAUGGAUUUCCAAAGUUAGGCUACUUCUGGGUUAAAAAUGAGGUCCUUAGGAGUUUGAAAUGGAACAUAGUUGUAAUUAUCUUUUUGUGGUUUUUUUUUUUUUUUUAAAGGGAUUAGCUGAAAUGGAUUUAGUAGGGCACUACAGGUAAAACCUGGCUUCCUUGGUAAAAUGUUAUUACCAUUUUUUAAUAAAGGGAAAAGAGGUAAGGUUUAUAUUUAAUAUUUUAAAUUACUGCAUUUUAUUCUUCCUUCUCCCCUUCUCAAAAAUACCACAUGGAAUAUUCCAUUCAUUACUGCCUGAGAAAGUCAUUACUUUGCAAGCUGCAUUGCUGAAGUGGUUUAGUGGAAGAAAUGUUUGCUUGCAUUUUUUUUUUUUUUUAGUGAUUUUUUUUUUCUUUCAGUAGUUGUUUUUUGAAUAUCCAAACUGUAGCAGACAAGGAGGAGGAGAUUUAAAUUUAUCUCCGAGAAACCUUUUUGUGGAACAUUUCAUCAGAUGACUCCCUGUCAACCUCAUGUCUUGAAAAGAGGGAUUAAUGAAAUAGCAUCUGAAGCAGCAGUGAACUCUUAUGGAAUAAACCCUGACAUCUUCCACAGUGUUUUGUGGGAUAAUUUCAAGUUCUUCAGAUACAGAUUACAUAAAGAAGAUUGUAGGGCACGUGACACAUUCUGGUUUCUUGUAUUUCAGGUAGUAGAAAAAUUGCUACCUUUACGAAUGGAUCCUGAAGAGAUCUUGUCACAGUUAUAACUUUUCCAUCAAUGGUUUUAUCUUGCAGCUUUAUUUUUAUUUUUUAUUCAUAUAGACAGCUUAAAAUAGUUUGCAGUAAACUGCUUUAUGUAUUAAGUGUUGUAAUGGUAGAGUAAUGGAUUGCCUGUGCAUUGUAACCACAAAGAAAUACCGAUAUCAGGAUGAAGAUACACCUCCUCAAGACCACAUUUCCCCACAAAUCACUAAUGAGGUGAUAGGUCCAGAAUUAGUUCAUGUCUCAGAGAAGAACCUUUCAGAAAUUGAGAAUGUCCAUGGAUUUGUUUCCCACUCUCAUAUUUCACCAAUAAAGCCAACAGAAGCUGUACCUCCCUCUUCUCCCACUGUCCCUGUGAUCCCUGUCCUGCCAGUCCCUGCUGAGAAUACUGUCAUCCUACCCACCAUACCACAGGCAAAUCCUCCUCCAGUACUCGUCAAUACAGAUAGCUUGGAAACAUCAACUUAUGUUAAUGGCACUGAUGCAGAUUAUGAAUAUGAAGAAAUCACACUUGAAAGGGGAAAUUCAGGGCUUGGUUUCAGCAUUGCAGGAGGUACAGACAACCCACACAUUGGAGAUGACUCAAGUAUUUUCAUUACCAAAAUUAUUGCAGGGGGAGCAGCUGCCCAAGAUGGAAGAUUGCGGGUCAAUGACUGUAUACUGCGAGUAAAUGAGGUAGAUGUUCGUGAUGUAACACAUAGCAAAGCAGUUGAAGCAUUGAAAGAAGCGGGGUCUAUUGUACGCUUGUAUGUAAAAAGACGGAAACCAGUAUCAGAAAAAAUAAUGGAAAUAAAACUCAUUAAAGGUCCUAAAGGUCUUGGGUUCAGCAUUGCUGGCGGUGUUGGAAAUCAGCAUAUUCCUGGGGAUAAUAGCAUCUAUGUAACCAAAAUAAUUGAAGGAGGUGCAGCACAUAAAGAUGGUAAACUUCAGAUUGGAGAUAAACUUUUAGCAGUGAACAGUGUAUGUUUGGAAGAAGUUACUCAUGAAGAAGCAGUAACUGCCUUAAAGAACACAUCUGAUUUUGUUUAUUUGAAAGUGGCAAAACCCACAAGUAUGUAUAUGAAUGAUGGCUAUGCACCACCUGAUAUCACCACCUCUUCUUCUCAGCCUGUUGAUAACCAUGUUAGCCCACCUUCCUACUUGGGCCAGCCACCAGCAUCACCAAACAGAUACUCUCCUGUUUCGAAAGCAGUGCUUGGAGAUGAUGAAAUUACAAGGGAACCUAGAAAAGUUAUUCUUCAUCGUGGCUCGACAGGACUUGGUUUCAACAUUGUAGGAGGUGAAGAUGGAGAAGGAAUAUUUAUUUCCUUUAUUUUGGCUGGAGGACCUGCUGAUCUUAGUGGAGAACUCAGAAAAGGAGAUCGUAUUAUAUCGGUAAACAGUGUUGACCUCAGAACUGCCAGCCAUGAGCAGGCAGCAGCUGCUUUAAAAAAUGCUGGCCAGGCUGUCACAAUUGUUGCACAAUACCGACCUGAAGAAUACAGUCGUUUCGAAGCCAAAAUACAUGACUUACGGGAGCAGAUGAUGAAUAGUAGCAUUAGUUCAGGAUCAGGUUCUCUUCGAACUAGCCAAAAGCGAUCCCUCUAUGUCAGAGCCCUUUUUGAUUAUGACAAGACUAAAGACAGUGGCCUUCCUAGUCAGGGAUUGAACUUCAAAUUUGGAGAUAUCCUCCAUGUUAUUAAUGCUUCUGAUGAUGAAUGGUGGCAAGCCAGACAGGUUACACCAGAUGGUGAGAGUGAUGAAGUUGGGGUGAUUCCUAGUAAACGAAGGGUUGAGAAGAAAGAACGAGCCCGAUUAAAAACAGUGAAAUUCAAUUCUAAAGCAAGAGGAGAGAAAGGGCAGUCAUUCAAUGACAAGCGUAAAAAGAACCUCUUUUCCCGAAAAUUCCCCUUCUACAAGAACAAGGACCAGAGUGAGCAGGAAACAAGUGAUGCUGACCAACAUGUAACUUCUAAUGCCAGUGAUAGCGAAAGUAGUUACCUAAUCUUGAUUACAGAUGAGUAUGGCUGCUCAAAAGGUGGUCAAGAAGAAUAUGUCUUAUCUUAUGAACCAGUGAAUCAGCAAGAAGUUAAUUAUACUCGACCAGUGAUCAUAUUGGGACCUAUGAAAGACAGGAUAAAUGAUGACUUGAUCUCAGAGUUUCCUGACAAGUUUGGAUCAUGUGUUCCUCAUACAACCAGACCAAAACGAGAUUAUGAGGUAGAUGGAAGAGAUUAUCAUUUUGUGACUUCAAGAGAGCAAAUGGAAAAAGAUAUCCAAGAACAUAAAUUUAUUGAAGCUGGCCAGUAUAACAACCAUCUCUAUGGAACAAGUGUACAGUCUGUGCGAGAAGUAGCAGAAAAGGGCAAACAUUGUAUCCUUGAUGUGUCUGGAAAUGCCAUAAAGAGAUUACAGAUUGCACAACUUUACCCAAUCUCCAUUUUUAUUAAACCCAAAUCCAUGGAAAAUAUCAUGGAAAUGAAUAAGCGUCUGACAGAAGAACAAGCCAGAAAGACAUUUGAGAGAGCCAUGAAACUGGAACAAGAAUUUACUGAACAUUUCACAGCUAUUGUACAGGGAGAUACGCUGGAAGACAUUUACAACCAAGUGAAGCAGAUCAUAGAAGAACAGUCUGGUCCUUACAUUUGGGUUCCAGCAAAAGAAAAGUUAUGAGGACUGAUGUUUCUCUAUUUCUUUUUUCCAUAGUCUCAUUUUCUUUGACACUUCUUUGCCCUUUCCGUCUGGAAUCUGUCUUCAGUACUUCCUCCAUAUUGAAUCAUGUCCCACUCACCAUCAUCUGCAGUUGCACUUAUUUUAGACGUCUUAGUGUCUCCUUCAAGUUGUAGCAUCUGUAUUAUGUCACAAUUGGUUUGUGGCCAUUUUUCACGAAUGAAGAUGGAAUGGCCUGACCAGCUAUUAAUAGGAUUUGGGGAUAGGGGGAAAUUGUGGUACAAUUCCUUAAUGUUUAAGGGAAAGUAACUUUAAGAGAUUUUCAGAAAAGCUUUAUAUACAUUCUUUUCAAAUUUUAGUAUAAAUUAAAGAAAAGUGGUUUUGAUCAGUGAUUCAGUAAUCUCUGAGCAUCAAUGCAUGCUUAACUUUAAUAGCAUGGUUUGGCCAAUACAUUAGCUCUCAAGUCCUUUUCUCAAUUGACUUCAGUUAUCAAAGCAAAUAUUUCAUUAGAGGCAAAUAAGGUAAAUACAUGUUUUUUAAUUUCAAAAUUAAUUAAAUGGGUUAACUUUUAUAAUUUCCCAAGGAAUAUUCGUUUUUAUAAGAAUUCUUCUUAAAGUCUUUUAUUGUUUGAAGUUGUGGUUUUUUUUCCCCAAUAGAUUUGCUAGGAAUAAGUGUUUAAAUGUUUUUAACCUCUUUGUGCAACGCUAUUUAUAGUGUCUUACAAGAGUUGUUCAUACAUAAUGAUCAUCACACUUUCUGAACUGAGGCCGUGUUUAGGUGCUAGGGGAGCUCACCUUUUACACAUAAGGUUGAGAAAAUGUCAGACAUAAAUACAAAAUAGACAUUACAGUGGUGAUAUAGUAAUCAUUAUGGCAGUGGGAAAGGAGUCCAAUUCAUGGUCUAAAACUUUAAAUGUCUUCUUAGGGGUCAGAUUUUAAUGACUAUUUUACCCACAAUAACUGACUAUUUUGUUAUAAUAAAAAUAUAUAUAUAAAUAUAUAUAAAACUUUCUUUAACUAAACUCUGUAACUAUGGGAAUUAUUUUCUUUACAUAGUUGCACACACAUAAACAUAUAUAUAUUUAAAAUAUAUUUUUUUCUUUUGCCACCUACUCUUUUUGUUUGUUUUUUAAAUUAAAUAUUAAUUGACUAGACUUUAUCUUCCUUAAUCACAUGAAGUGAAAAUGGGGAUACAGUGGUUGUGGAAAGAAACCUUUAGGAAAAUUACAUUAUGAGUAAAAACAUGGGCAUGUUCUCCUCUCUUCUACUAAAGUUUUCAAAUGGUUCCUGGUUGGUUUUUUGUGGGGGUUUUUGGGGGGAGGGUGGGAUUUUUUUGGUUGUUACCCUUGUUCUUGACAUUGGUUUGGAUUUGGUCUCCACCUCUCCUUCAGCUUCUCCUUUCAUUAAUAGGCAAACAGGCAAAAGCUUCAUGUGUAUAAGUGUUUUCCCCUCAGUCUGCACACCUCUCAUCUCUCAUAGCUGCUCUGCAGUAUAGUUGCAUAAAUCUUCAUGGUGAGCAACUAAGAAAUUUUAGUGAAAAGUAGGUAACAAUUUCAGAAAUCAAUUUCUCUGGUCUUUUAUAUUAAUAAUAUUGUUUGGCUUCCCAUUGCUUUUUUGGAGUUGCUUAUUAAAUAUGUGUUUUUGACAACCUCCUCAUUACAGUUUCUUGAACAAAUGAGUACUGGUUUGUAAAGAAUUAUGAACAUUAUCCAUUCCAUUUAUGAGAAAGAGGAGAACAGCUAAUAAACUUUAUUGUAAAAUCUGUAUGUUAAA